UCCAGCCACACUUGUUUGAUACAAUAGUAGUUGGCCUCACAAAUCAACCGACAGAUAGAAAGUAGAAACUCAUGAAGAUUUCUUCCUUUCUCGUCUUUUUUGUGUUGUUGUUGGUACACUGUUUAAUGGCUAGCACAGCGAGGACCAACAUCACCACAGACCAAUCAGCUCUCCUUGCUCUCAAAGACCAUAUCACUGAUGACCCUUACAAAACCUUGGCAAGCAAUUGGUCUACCUCUACCUCUGUUUGCAACUGGAUUGGGAUCACUUGUGGUUCCAAACACCUUAGAGUCACUGCCUUGAAUCUUUCUCACAUGGGUCUUUCAGGAACCAUUGCUCCACAAGUGGGAAAACUAACAUUCUUGUCUCAUUUAUCCUUCAGAAACAACAAUUUUCAUGGUUCUCUGCCCAACGAGGUAGCUUCCUUGCGAAAAUUGGAAGUUGUCAGCUUUGGAUUGAACAACUUUUCUGGAAUGUUACCAUCAUGGUUUGGGUUCUUACCUAAACUUCAAGUGUUGUAUGCUUACAUGAACAGUUUUGAAGGUACUGUUCCAGAAUCUCUAGGCAACAUAUUGUCACUGAAAGUACUUCAUCUCAGCGAAAACAAACUUUCAGGAAGGAUUCCAAAAGGUUUAGGAAACUGUACUUCCCUUGAGAUAAUUCACUUGGACAAUAACUACUUUACAGGUGAAAUACCACAUGAGAUUGUGACUCUUCCAAAUCUAACGGAAGUAACCUUGGCCAAUAACAGCUUAACUGGUCACAUCCCAAAUGCAACCUUCAACGGCUCAAACAUUGAAGUCAUUAGUCUAUACAUGAACCAGCUCUCUGGAAAUCUUCCAUCAAGCAUAGGCCACUGGCUUCCAAAUCUUAAGGUACUUUAUUUAUGGGAAAAUAGACUAGAAGGAAUAAUCCCCAAUUCUAUCUCAAAUGCUUCUAUGCUCACUGAACUUGAGCUGGGUGCAAAUUAUUUCUAUGGCUCUAUUCCUAAUACCCUGGGAAAUUUAAGGCAUUUGGAGAGACUCAACUUAGUCAACAAUUUUUUGACUAGAGAAUCAUCAACUCUAGAAUUGAGUUUUCUUUCAUCUUUGACAAAUUGCGUAAAUUUGACAAGUAUAGUGGUAGGAAAUAACCCACUGAAUGGAACCCUUCCGAUUCUUAAAGGAAAUUUUUCUACUUCUCUUGAAGAAUUUGUAGCAUUUAAUUGCAACAUUAAGGGCAUAAUUCCAAGAGAAAUUGGUAAUUUAAGCAAUUUGAUGACCCUAAACCUAAAAGACAACGAAUUGAUUGGACCUAUUCCAACUAUAGUCGGAAAUCUGGGAAAUCUCCAAGGUUUGUUUCUUCAAAACAAUAGAAUCCAUGGGUCAAUCCCAAAUGAUAUUUGUCAUUUGAGGAAAUUGGUUGAUUUACAUUUAAGUCAAAAUGAGCUCUUUGGAUCAAUACCAACAUGUUGGGGAAGUCUGUCUUCACUUCAAAAUUUGUAUUUGGAUUCCAACCAGCUAACUUCCAUACCCACAUCCUUUUGGAGUCUUAGAGACAUACUACGAAUAAACUUGUCAUCCAAUUCUUUAAAUGGUUAUCUACCAUUAGAUGUUGGGAAACUGGAGCAUGUAACACAAAUGGACUUAUCAUGGAAUAAAUUAUCAGGUGAAAUUCAUGCUAUUAAAGGCCUAUGUUUUUUGGUUAACCUCUCUUUAGCGCAUAACAAAUUCCAGGGUCCUAUUCCUCAAUCAUUUGGUAAUUUGAUAAGCAUGGAACGUUUGGAUCUAUCUGAUAACAAAUUUUCAGGAGAAAUUCCCCAGUCUCUAAUAGAACUCAAAUGCCUCAAAUAUUUCAAUGUGUCUUUCAAUAGAUUGCAAGGUGAAAUUCCUUCUAGAGGUGUUUUUAAUCAAUUCUCAGCAUCAUCAUUCAUGGGAAAUCAAGCAUUAUGUGGUCCACUCAAACUGCAAGUUCCACCAUGUAAAAGAAGUUCAAAGACAACCACUGUAGUUAUAGUAAGGUAUAUUCUGCCAACAAUGAUAGCAGCAAUACUUGCAUUAUUCCUUAUAUUUGUUUUAAUGAGAGGGCAAAAGAGGGAUGCAAAACGAAAAAGUCAAGGAGAUUUGUUACCUCUAGCAACAUGGAGAAGAAUAACAUAUCUAGAACUUGAACAAGCAACAAAUGGAUUCAACGAAACUAACUUAGUUGGGAAAGGGAGUUUUGGCUCAGUGUACAAAGGUACACUUUCAGAUGGGACUACUGUUGCAAUAAAGGUUUUUAAUUUGAAUAUAGAAGGAGGGUUUAAGAGUUUUGAAGAUGAAUGUGAUGUAUUGUGCAGUAUUCGCCACCGAAAUCUUGUGAAAAUCAUUAGUAGUUGUAGUAGCAAUGAUUUUAAAGCCUUGGUGCUAGAGUACAUGCCCAAGGGGAGCCUUCAGAAGUUGUUGUAUUCUCAUAACUACUUCUUGGAUAUGCUAGAAAGAUUGAGCAUGAUGAUAGAUGUUGCAUCAGCAUUGGAGUAUCUCCAUCAUGGCUGUCCUUUACCUGUUGUUCAUUGUGAUUUGAAGCCAAGCAAUAUUCUUCUAAACAAAGACACGGUAGCACUUGUAAGUGACUUUGGCAUUUCAAAAUUCUUAGGCAAUGAAGACUCUAUGACACAAACCAUGACAUUGGCCACUAUUGGUUACAUGGCACCAGAGUAUGGAUCACAAGGGAUUAUUUCCACACGCAGUGACGUGUAUAGUUAUGGCAUUUUGCUAAUGGAAACAUUCACCAGAAAGAAUCCCACAGAUGAAAUGUUUGCCGGUGAAAUGAACCUAAAAGGUUGGGUAAGACAAUCAAUACCUCAUUCAGUAAUUGAAGUUAUAGAUUCUAAUUUGCUGAAGAGAGGUGAAGAGAAUUUUAAUGCUAAGCUGGAUUGUAUGUUGUCCAUUAUGAAAUUGGCUAUGACUUGUUCAACAGAGGCACUUGAAGAGAGGUCAAACAUGAGAGAUGUCAUAACAACACUCAAAAAUAUCAAAUUAAAGUUUCUAAAGGAUGUUGGAGAAGAUUGACAACUGAGAAUUUUGACUAUAGUUUUUCCUUUUUGUUCGUAUCACUAAUUAUAUUUUGUAAAUUAUGCUACUCCCCUAAAAAACUUGUUGGAGUAGAGCAGCUCAAGCAUUUGUGUUUAC